AUGUCUAGACAACACUAUUGCUUAAGGUGGAAUAAUUAUCAGUCGAAUAUGACUUCUGUUUUUCAUCAGUUGCUACAAACUGAAUCUUUUGUUGAUGUGACAUUAUCAUGCAAUGAUUCAUCAUUAAAAGCACACAAGGUUGUUUUAUCUGCUUGUUCAUCAUAUUUUCAAAAAUUGCUGAUGCAAAAUCCUUGUAAUCAUCCUACAAUCAUCAUGCCACCAGAUGUACCUUUCAAUGAUCUCAAAAUAAUCAUUGAUUUUGUUUACAGAGGAGAGAUUGAUGUUGAUCAAACUCAACUUCAGUCAAUACUGAAGACGGCUGACCAACUUAAAAUAAAAGGACUUUGUGAGGUACCUGACGGAAGUUGCGUUAGCGAAGUGGAAAACAUAUCCUCCGAAUUUAAAACUCCAAUUAAUUUACUCUCUUCGGAUUAUCAAACUGAAGAGAGUAAUAAAACAUAUAAUUAUGGUAAUGUCGUCCAACAAACAGGACAAGAAAAUUUUGUUGCAGUGAAACAAACAAUAUUUACCGGUACACCGGACAAUCAAAAUUCACAAGUAAAACGUCACACUACCAAAAGGUAUAAAAGUUCAGGUUUCAACUUAAUGUUGAUGAAAAAUUCACCUUUGACUGCCACUACGGGUAGUGGUAGAAAUAGUCCAGUAUCAAAAAAAGGAACUUCAAUGUUGAAAAAACCCACACUCAAAGACAGGGCAGUACAAAGUGAUUUUUCUGACGGGAGCGGUAUGAACAUACCUGAAAAUGGUAUCGAACAAACCUCUGAAGUUCAGAACCAAACCACUGGAAGUAUUAGUGAUCCUGUAAGACAUGAACCACAAGUAUGGCGUUGGGUACAUAUUUUUCUAGGACAAGGCUUUAUAUGUUUCGCAACUUCUACGGAAGAAGAUCAGAAAAAUGUACCCGUCGUUAUAUUGGAACGAUCGGUUGCAACGGUACCCAUGAUAGUCCAUAAUAUGCCUACUUCAUUAUCACCCCAAAUGGUUGUAGAAGGGAACAGUAAUAAUAGUGUUCAAAAUUCUGUUGAUCAUACGCCUCCCGAAGUGGAUAUUCCUCCAGAAGCUCAACCUCCGGCUCCCAGUGCUACAUUAGUAGAAAAUUUAGAUCUUAACGAACAACAAGAAGCAGAAACCGCCGAACCUGAUGAAGAUGAUAAUGAUAAUGUGAAAGUUAAAUUUGAAACACUUAGGUCGGUUGAUCAAAGUGGAGAUGCUGUUGAUAUAGAUGAUGAAUCGGAAUCGAUGCAAACAAUGAUGAUCACACCUGAAUUACUUGGCCUUUUUCCUACAUCCUCGGGAAACUCAGUCUAUCGAAAAUAUUAUGACUUAGAUGGAGGAGAAUCAGAUAUUAAGGGUACUAAAAAUUGGACGCAAGACGACAUGGAAUUAGCAUUAGACGCUUUAAGAAAUCACAAUAUGUCUUUAACGAAGGCAUCAUCGACGUAUGGUAUACCGAGCACGACAUUGUGGCAAAGAGCACAUAGAUUAGGUAUAGAUACCCCGAAAAAAGAAGGGAAUACAAAAAACUGGACGGAAGAUAAUUUAAAUAGUGCCCUUGAAGCUCUCAGAACGGGAACGAUAUCGGCCAAUAAAGCUAGUAAAGCUUACGGUAUUCCGAGUAGUACCUUAUAUAAAAUAGCUAGAAGAGAAGGUAUAAGACUUGCUGCACCCUUUAAUGCAGCUCCAACGACGUGGACUCAGGAUGAUUUAGAAAGAGCUUUAGAAUCAAUAAGGUCUGGGCAAGCAAGCGUUCAAAGAGCGUCCACAGAAUUUGGUAUUCCAACAGGGACGCUGUACGGACGUUGCAAAAGAGAAGGAAUCGAAUUAAGUCGUAGUAAUCCAACGCCUUGGAGUGAAGAUGCCAUGGGGGAGGCUUUAGAAGCUGUCAGGGUCGGUCAAAUGAGUAUAAAUCAAGCCGCGAUACAUUAUAAUUUACCAUAUUCAUCUUUGUACGGUCGUUUUAAAAGGGGUAAAUUCGAUACCGAAGAUGGUAACAGUAAUAAUGGGGAUCCUACCGGAAAUCAAAUGAUGUUGAUCAAUUAUCAACAGGAAAUGCAUCCAUAUCACAGCGGGAGUUGA